GAGGCUAGAAGCGAGGCCACCAUGGCAUCCCCGUCAUCCUGCCCGGUGGAGGAGGAUGAGAGCCUGAAGGGGUGUGAGCUGUACGUCCAGAAGCAUGGUGUGCAGCAGGUCCUCAAGGACUGCAUCGUGCACCUGUGCAUCGCCAAGCCCGACAGGCCCAUGAGGUUCCUGCGGGAGCACUUCGAGCGGCUGGAGAAGGGACCCCUGCAGCCCCAGGCUUAUUCCUGCAUGAACGCUGCCCCUCACCUCUUCCUGUUCAUCUGUGGGACAGCGGGCCCUGAGCGUGACGGGGUCCUUGGACCCCUUGGCGACCUGUCUGUCCAUGUUCUCCUGCAGGUCAUCCCCAAGGACUAUAAGACCAUGACCGCACUGGCCAAGGCCAUCUCCAAGAACGUGCUGUUCGCUCACCUGGAUGACAAUGAGAGAAGUGACAUAUUCGAUGCCAUGUUCCCCGUCACGCACAUCGCUGGAGAGACUGUCAUCCAGCAAGGGGACGAAGGUGAUAACUUCUACGUGAUCGACCAAGGAGAAGUGGACGUGUAUGUUAACGGAGAGUGGGUGACCAGCAUCAGCGAAGGGGGCAGCUUUGGGGAGCUGGCACUUAUCUACGGCACCCCCAGGGCAGCGACCGUGAAAGCCAAGACAGACCUCAAGCUCUGGGGCAUUGACCGGGACAGCUACAGGCGCAUCCUCAUGGGCAGCACCCUGAGAAAGCGCAAGAUGUACGAGGAGUUUCUCAGCAAGGUCUCCAUCCUGGAGUCCCUGGAGAAGUGGGAGCGCCUGACCGUGGCCGACGCCUUGGAGCCUGUGCAGUUUGAGGACGGAGAGAAGAUCGUGGUCCAAGGGGAGCCUGGGGACGACUUCUUCAUCAUCACAGAGGGUACCGCCUCUGUCCUCCAGCGCCGGUCCCCCAAUGAAGAGUAUGUGGAGGUGGGGCGCCUGGGGCCCUCUGACUACUUCGGGGAGAUCGCGCUGCUACUGAACCGUCCCCGGGCGGCAACUGUGGUGGCCCGGGGGCCCCUCAAGUGCGUCAAGCUGGACCGGCCCCGCUUCGAGCGCGUGCUGGGUCCCUGCUCUGAGAUCCUCAAGAGGAACAUCCAGCGCUACAACAGCUUCAUCUCCCUCACGGUCUGAGUCCCGCCCCGCGGUCCCGCCCUGGCCCCGCCCCCGCGGCCCUGCUUCAGCUGCAUGUCCCUGUGCCCGCGACACCACGGGGGCCGCUCCUCCCUCUGGACUCCUGUUUGGAAUAAAACAGCCACCUUGCGCGUGUCAAACACAAAGGGCCCCCAAGACCCCCAGGCCUCGGAGAUGCCAGUGCCAGCCUCCCCCUCUGCAGCUUUCGGCCUCGUCCACGGGGACCCAGUCUCCCUCCUCCCUGAGUCUCUGGGGGCGCAGGGGCCACUGUGAGCCCAGGCCAGCCUCAGGGACUGGGCUGGCCAGGCCAGAUGGGGAUGUGCACUUGCUACCCUCCCCCCCCUCCCCGCCCCCUCGGGCCCGAGGCAUCAGGUCACCAGGGCUGCAGUCUUUAGUGUGGCACAGUGAUGUCAAAGGGGGUAUCCUAUGGGGAUCCCCCACUUCUAGGGAUUCCGUGUCCGGGAGAGAAGGUCCCUGCUUCAGAGGGUCCUGCUAGAGACCCCAGGCAUGAGAAUGACUGAAGGUGGCCCCUGUCCCAGAGAGGAGUGGCUGCAGGCGAGCCCCCACUCCCUGGGGCCAGGAGCCCCUCAUCCCCCAGGGCCAGGAGCCCCACACUCCCAGGGCCAGGAGCCCCCCAUCCCCCAGGGCCAGGAGCCCCACACCCCCGGAGCCAUGAGCCUUAGAGGAGAGAUGCCCUUGGCUUUCUGGGGAAUUGCCCCUCAGGGUGGCCAGCGUGCCCAACAGGCAGGGGCAGCAGGUCACCCUAGCUGGGCUGGACGCCCCGGACAGGAAGGAAACACCAGGAGUUGGGGACUUUCCACCAUCCAGGGAGCACUGUUCUCGCAGGGUUGGGGUGGGGGUCAGAUGAUGUUCGCUUCCUUUCGAGCAGUGCCUUGGGGACCUUGUGAGGCAGAGGAGGGGUUUUCUAGACACGCUCUGGGUACGGCUCUGACUGCCACAGGCUCCUCAGCUGCCCAGCAGAUGCCCCACCGGACACAAGCCCUUGCCCUGGGGAGCAGGCACUUUCCAAGCCUCUGUCCUCCUGAAGCAGGAAAUAUAGAAACCAAACAGCCAGGCUGCACACACCCAAGUCGACGAUGGAUUGAACCCCCACUUGGACGUGUUUUCAGUCCACUUUAGCUGGAGCUAGAGAGCCUGGGGGCAGGACAGAGAGCCUCGAGGUGGCCUCUGGUGACAGAAAUGAGAACGGGGUCGUGCAGUUAACACGACUUUGCCCCCCUGUGCACGUCUGGGAAGCUGCCGAUCUGAGGCGACCCCCUGCCAGCCCUGCCUUUGCCCCUAGAUCUUCUGUGACUCAUGAGCCGCCACGUGUACCUCCAAGUUCUCGAUGCCGCAUGUGUAUUAAAUGUGCCGUGAAGUACCUCUCCCCA